CAUGAUUAACUACCAAAUACUCAUCAUGGAAUAUCUUUGUGUUUUUUUUUCAGGAUUCCAUGUGAUUCCUACUGUGUCCAACGUUGUUCCAGAGAGCUGUCUUCUGAUUGUUGUAGGGCUUUUGGUUGGUGGACUUAUCAAAGCAGUGGGUGAAAUCCCUCCAGUUUUAAGUUCCAAAGUCUUCUUCCUGUACCUUCUGCCCCCUAUUAUCCUAGAUGCUGGAUACUUCUUGCCCCUGCGUCCUUUCUCUGAAAACCUAGGAACUAUUCUGAUAUUUGCAGUGGUGGGCACCCUCUGGAAUGCCUUCUUUAUAGGGUCACUGCUGUUUGCAGUGUGCCAGAUAAGUGGAGGCCAGCUUGCAAAUGUAGACCUCCUGGACAACUUGCUUUUUGGCAGUAUCAUAUCCGCUGUGGACCCGGUGGCUGUAUUGGCUGUGUUUGAAGAAAUCCACAUAAAUGAGCUGCUCCACAUUCUAGUGUUUGGAGAGUCCCUGCUUAAUGAUGCCGUCACUGUAGUUUUGUAUCACCUUUUUGAAGAGUUUUCUGUCUUGGAUCAAGUUACAUUCCGUGAUAUAUCUCUGGGGUUCCUGAGUUUCUUUGUUGUUGCCCUGGGAGGGGUGUUUGUCGGAGUGGUAUAUGGGAUUAUCGCAGCCUUCACCUCCCGCUUCACCUCCCACAUCCGUGUUAUUGAGCCCUUGUUUGUUUUCCUCUAUAGUUACAUGGCAUAUAUGUCUGCAGAGCUCUUCCAUCUCUCAGGAAUUAUGGCCCUUAUUGCUUCAGGAGUUGUAAUGCGACCUUAUGUGGAGGCUAAUAUUUCCCACAAGUCCCAUACUACUAUCAAAUAUUUCCUGAAAAUGUGGAGCAGUGUCAGUGAGACUUUAAUUUUCAUCUUUCUUGGAGUUUCCACCGUGGCUGGAUCUCAUCAUUGGAAUUGGACCUAUGUCAUCUGCACCCUUUUCUUCUGUCUGAUAGCACGCGUGUUGGGUGUUCUUGGCUUAACGUGUUUUAUCAACAAAUUCCGCAUAGUGAAGCUGACACCCAAAGACCAAUUCAUUAUUGCAUAUGGUGGCUUGCGUGGAGCCAUUGCUUUCUCCCUGGGAUACUUAUUGCAUAGCCAUAACAGAGAUAUGUUCCUCACUGCAAUAAUUACAGUAAUUUUCUUCACAGUGUUUGUGCAGGGAAUGACUAUUCGUCCACUGGUGGAACUUUUAGCUGUGAAGAAGAAGCAAGAAACUAAGCGCUCAAUAAAUGAAGAAAUACACACACAGUUCCUUGAUCACCUUUUAACUGGCAUUGAAGACAUUUGUGGUCACUAUGGCCAUCAUCAUUGGAAAGACAAGCUGAAUCGUUUUAAUAAAACCUACGUGAAGAAGUGCCUUAUUGCAGGGGAGCGAUCCACAGAGCCUCAGCUCAUUGCCUUUUAUCACAAAAUGGAGAUGAAGCAGGCAAUAGAAUUGGUAGAGAGCGGUGGCAUUGGUAAAAUCCCAUCCACUGUUUCUACGGUUUCCAUGCAAAAUAUUCAGCCUAAACCUAAGCCAGAGAGAAUCCUUCCAGCAUUGUCCAAGGUGAAAGAGGAGGAGAUACGCAAGAUUCUGCGCACAAACUUGCAAAAGACCCGCCAAAGGCUACGCUCAUACAAUCGUCACACGUUGGUAGCUGAUCCCUAUGAAGAUGCCUGGAAUCAAAUGUUACUCAGAAGACAAAAAAUUCAUCAAAUAGACCAGAGGGCAAAUAAUUAUUUGACUGUUCCUGCACACAAGUUGGACUCUCCCACCCUUACCAGAGCUCGUGUGGGUUCAGACCCUCUUGCGUAUGAGCCAAAACCAGGCUCUAAGGAUGUCCCUGUAAUCACUAUUGACCCAGCUUCACCUGAGUCUGUAGAUAUUGUGGAUGAAACACAAGAGGAGGGAGAAGAUGAAGGUGGGAUUACUAUAGUUGCACGAGAGCCACCUUCUCCAGGGAGAUGAUGUAUUUGGCCCCAGUGACAGCCCUAACACUCAACGAUUACAGCGCUGUUUAAGUGAUCCUGGACCUCAGCCUGAAGAGAACCAGCCUUUUUUGCCGAAAAAGGACUGA